CUGUGUGUGUGUAUGUGAGCGUGUAUGUGUGCGUGUUACUCAGUAAUAAAUGCAGGACCGCCUCACUCUAAUCAAGCUGAUUAAAAAUUCCUGCGCGCACUGCCGGAAACCGCACCGUCCUCUUCUAUCCUGUCCACUUUUGACUUUUCUCCUCGCCUGUCCUCCCGGCUUCAGGACCACUACUCUAGCGGCCGUCCGCCCGCCUGCCCAGCACCGAGAUGCGGUGGAAAAUCGGCUCCUUUCCGCGGCAGUUCCCUCUGAGAUGAGGAGGAGGAGGAAGGGAAGGGAGGCACGGGCAGCGCUAGCAGCAGAAGCAGCGAGGGCAGUGAUGAGUCAAUACAACUAAUAAUUUAAUGGGGACACAGAAGGGGGGAUAGAGAGAGAGAGAGAGAGAGCGAGAGAGAGAGAGAGAGAAAGAGAGAGUGAGAGAGAGAAAGGGAGAGAGGGUGGGUGAGAUAGAGAUAGAGAGAGAGAGGGAGAGGGAGAGAGGAUCUCCUAUCCGGACCUACAUCUAAGGAGCAGGACAGCCCUCGUAUCAGCAGGAAGCUCGUGGUCCGCGUCCACACCGAGCCUUAUUAUCCUCGACGUCGGAAAGUAAAUCGCACUUUUGUAACCUGUUUGGGUCCGCAUAUCGGAUCCCACAUCGUCUGCGUGUGUGUGUGUGUGCGCGAGAGAGAGAGCGAAAAGAGAGAAGAGAUCGCUGUCGAUUGUUUUUUCUAUAGGACACUAUUAUCGCAGUCAAGCCCACACACACACACACACACACACACACACCGCGCCGUGUUUUUCUACGAAUUCUCUCUGGGAUACCUUGUGAUCACAUCAGUGAUAUCGGGGGGUUCGGAUAUUGGUUGUUACUAUGUCCGACGGGCUUUAGCUGCUGCUGGCGAGCGAUCGCUGCUGGAGAUCUGCGGUGUGGCUAUUAGUAUCCGUCUAACGACAACUAUUAGCACAACUCACCGCACUUGUAACCGUGCGGACGCUUGGGUCGUCGGGGUUGUUACUUUGCAUCACACGCGAUGUUUCACGGCCGCUACGCCGUAGCAACGCGGCGGUGGAACGUCCGCCGCGGCCGGUGCACCGGAUAGGAGCUCCGUGGCGCUCACCCCUGAUCGCCCGUAGCCUCGGUCCUUCUCAGCCUCCGCGCCUCUCGUUUGGUUCGGACUCUGUCGUGCCUCAGAGAAAAAGUAGUCAUCUCUUGAGAGGUUCCGGACGCGUGAGAUAUGCACACAUAGCGAUCAUCGAGGAGUUUAGUUUUUUGUUUCUACUAUCCUGAGAUAACUUGAAGAAGACGCGUGUUGGAGACAGUGGUGUAUGCACCGCUCUGGCUGCCCAAGUGCAACGUUUCAGGUGAUUGAGAGCAGAGGGGCUGAACAUGAUGGAUCACCUGAGCGAGGCGUGCCUGGGGAAGGAGAACUGUGAUCUGGUCAACAGUCUGUCGGAGGCCAAGGCCCCCCCGGCCAAGCUGGCACGUCUGGAGCAGAACGGCAGCCCCCUGGGACGCGCCCGGCUGGGCAGUACCGGGGCCAAGCUCGCUGGGGUCCCCUACAAACCACCGGGACACCUGUUCAAGACCUGCCAUAAGAAGGGUAACAUGCUGCCCGUGUUCUGCGUGGUGGAGCACUACGAGAGCCCCAUGGACUUUGACAGCAAGGAGGAGCACGCCGAGUUCGUUCUGGUGCGCAAGGACCUGCUCUUCAACCAGCUCAUCGAGAUGGCCCUGCUGUCGCUAGGUUACUCCCACAGCUCCGCCGCACAGGCCAAAGGUCUGAUCCAGGUGGGGAAGUGGAACCCGGUCCCUCUGUCCUACGUGACGGACGCGCCGGACGCCACUGUGGCAGACAUGCUGCAGGAUGUCUACCAUGUGGUCACUCUCAAGAUCCAGCUGCACAGUUGUCCUAAGCUGGAGGACCUUCCCCCAGAGCAGUGGAGCCAUUCUACAGUAAGAAACGCCCUCAAGGAGUUACUCAAAGACAUGAAUCAGAGCUCACUGGCUAAAGAGUGUCCUUUAUCACAGAGUAUGAUUUCGUCUAUUGUGAACAGUACUUACUAUGCAAAUGUGUCGGCGGCAAAGUGUCAGGAAUUCGGUCGCUGGUACAAACAUUUCAAGAAGACAAAGGACAUGAUGGGCAUGCGCCAGCCCUCCCAGCUCGAAGGGUACCUGGGGACCUGUGUUCUCCGAGAGAGCCCACGGGCCAACGUGCUAGCGGAGAUGGACGGUCUGUCAGACCUCUCCCCGCCGGGAUCCAACCACAGCGGCGGGCACAACCACAACCACCACCACAACCACCUGGGCUUCACCCAGCAGCAGCAGCCCAUCCCGGGCAGCACCGCCGAGCAGACGCCCUCGUCUCCGGUGCCCCCGCUGGCCCACGGGCCCUCGCCCCACAGCGGUGGCGGCGGUGGCGGUGUAGGUGGCGGCGGCGGCGGCGGCGGCGGCGGAGGUGGUGGCGGCGGGCAGCCCGGCGGUCGCCAGCAGCAGCCCCCUCCCCAGAUCCCCCCCGGCCUCCACCACCCGGGGCUGGUGUCCACUCCCAUCAGCCCCCAGCUGGUGAACCAGCAGCUGGUGAUGGCCCAGAUCCUCAACCAGCAGUACGCCGUGAACCGUCUCCUGGCGCAGCAGUCGCUGUCCCAGCAGUACCUCAACCACCCGCCCGUCAACCGCGCCUCGCUCAGCAAGCCCAUGGACCCCCAGCUGGGCUCCAACGCCGAGGUCUCCAUGGAGAUCUACCAGUGGGUGCGGGACGAGCUGAAGAGGGCGGGCAUCUCGCAGGCGGUCUUCGCGCGAGUGGCCUUCAACAGGACGCAGGGUCUGCUGUCUGAGAUCCUGCGUAAGGAGGAGGACCCCAAGACGGCCUCCCAGUCACUGCUGGUCAACCUGCGCGCCAUGCAGAACUUCCUGCAGCUGCCCGAGGCCGAGCGAGACCGCAUCUACCAGGACGAGCGCGAGCGCAGCCUGACCGCCGCCUCCGCCAUGGGCCCCGCCCCCCUCAUCACCACGCCGACCAACCGCGCCGUACAGCCCCGGCGGGAGGACUGCAGCAACGUCAGACCUGAGGAUUGGAGUCCCAGAAUUCCCGUGGGCAUCUCCCCUGUGAAGCCUUCCCAGCUGCCCAGCGAGUGGAACGGCAAGACAGAGAGCUGCAUCCUGAACAUCAGCUCCAGCAUCUACGAGGAGAUCCAGCAGGAGAUGAAGAGGGCCAAGGUGUCUCAGGCCCUGUUCGCCAAGGUGGCUGCCUCCAAGAGCCAGGGCUGGCUGUGCGAGCUGCUGCGCUGGAAGGAGGAGCCGUCCCCGGAGAACCGCACGCUGUGGGAGAACCUGUCCAUGAUCCGCCGCUUCCUCAGCCUGGCGCAGGGGGAGCGCGACGCCAUCUACGAGCAGGAGAGCACUGCCGGCCAGCAGCAGCAGCAGCAGCAGCACCACGCCGAGAGACCCCCGCACAUGAUCCACGUGUCCACCGACCCCCUGCAGACCGCUACUCUGAUGUUCAUGUCCACAGACCCGCAUCAGACCCAGCCGCCCCAGUCCCAGCAGAACCACCAGAACCAUCAGUCCUCCCUCUCCCUCCAGCAUCCCUCCCAGCCCCUGCUGUCCCAGCAGCCCUUGCAGCAGCACCACCACCAACACCACCACCAUCCCCACCACCACCACCACCAGCAGCAGCAGCAUCAGCAUCCGCUGCAGCAGCAGCAGCAGCACCAACCGGCCGCCGCCGGGCCCCGCCUGCCCCCCCGCCACCCCUCCACCGCCUCCCCCGCCGAGACGGGCGAGGAGGGCGGCGGCGGCGGGGUGGAGGCGGGCCACCGCGCCGGCGCCAUCAAGCUGCGCACGGGGGGCAAGAUCUCCCUGGAGGCGCUGGGCAUCCUGCAGAGCUUCAUCCAGGACGUGGGGCUCUACCCCGACGAGGAGGCCAUCCACACGCUGUCGGCCCAGCUGGACCUGCCCAAGCUCACCAUCAUCAAGUUCUUCCAGAACCAGCGCUUCUACGUCAACCACCCGGCCAAGACGCCCAAGGAGCCCAACAACAACAACAACAACAACAACAACAACAAUGGCGGCGGCGGCGGCGGCGGCGGCAACGCCAUCGCCGGGGGCAACGCCAGCAGCAGCGGGGGCAGCAGCCGCAGCAGCGGGAGCAGCCCGGCGCUGGAGGAGGAUCUGUCGGACUUCCGGGAGGCGGGAGGAGCCCUGCUGAAGGAGAUGGAGGAGGAUGGCACGCAGACCGGCAACACCAUCUUCUCUAUCAAGAUGGAGGAGCAGCUGGGCCGCGCCGCCGACGUCCCGGCCGAGUCAGGACACCCGGAGGUCAAGGAGUAGCGGGGUGCCGGUGGGGGGGGGGGGGGGGGUGCCGGGACUAUGGACUGGGCACGAGCGCCCCGCGGACUGGUUCUGUAGGAAGGUGAAUGCUUUGGCUGGCGUUCCUCACACUCACACACACACACACACACACUCAUAAACACACACACACACAUGAGCACACACUGCGAUGGUCGAGUUUUAUUAAAUACAGCUUGUGGACUUGAGAUGAGAUUGUACACCUGACAGGCGACAUGUUACACAGACACACACACACGCUCACACACACGCACACACACACACACACACACACACACACACACACACACACACACGCACACACACACACACACACACACACACACACACACACCCAUUCCAGACUCAGUAAUACGCCGAGUAUUGCUUUUUGGAUUUUGUAAACUUGUAUUAUUCACUGUAUAGACUGAUGCAUCAUUUAAGUAAUCUGCACAAAAAAUUAUUCCAAGUAUGUUGCCGUGGAUAUUUGCUGACUGCACUUGAUGUCUGUUUAAUUUUACACUGAAUUCAUUAGUUUUUUGUUUUAUUUUUGUUUUUUGGAACUACUGAUUAUAUUUAGUAAUAAUAAUGAAAAAAAGAAUCCCCUGGAGUUUGCUAGAACUUUGAUAGAUGUUUUACGUAAGUGAUGUUCAAGUGUUUUUUUAAACUAGCGUUUCAAUCAUGGACCAAGUGGUUGACAAUGCCUUAAUCACAAGGUGCAGCGUCGAAAACCUGCUGGCAAAUUAGCGAAUUGAAAAAGAUAAACAACUAAAAAGUGAUUGAACUUUAAACCCUCAGGCAAACCUGGCCAGGUGAGUCCUGAGAGCAGCUCAGUCGCAGAACAAUAUUAUUUGUUAGGGAAGAAAUAUAAAUAUAUAUAUAGACAUAUAUUGUAACUGUAAAAAAAAUACAGUUUUAAAGAAACUAUGCCAACUAAUGCCUUGUAGUAUAUGGCACUGCCGAUGUUCGGAUUAUUUUGCGAAAAACCUUUGUCACUGUAACUUUCUGCAUCGCCAGUUAGAAAUGUGAAAUAAAAAAACGUUUUUUGUUCACCUUCAUUAUUUAUUUAACGUUCAUGCAGUGUUGCUGAUGUAAUUACUUUUUUUUCAGACUUGUUACGUUACACAACGCUUUUUAAAGAUGUUUUAAUUUCACCAAUAUUUUCUUUUCUAUUUAUAAGUGUGAUUUUUAAAUGGGCAGUAAAAACAAAGUGUCUUAACGUUUUAAGUGGAGAAAAUGUGCUUUAAAGGUUGCCUAUGAAAACAGUGCUGUAUGUCGAGCAACUCAUGCUACACGCUUCACAAUUAAUGUUGUAUGCAAUUUUUACUAUCAUGCAAAUAAGCUUAGGUAAGCGACUAACCUAUAGGACACCAUAGAGAGAAAAAAACAUAUGCAAUCUGUGUGAAAAAUCGAUGUCUGCGAUGUGUCUUCCUUUUUGGUUAACAAUCUGAUUUAAAAUCUAUUCCUGUAUAAAUAUUCUGUAUAAAAUGUGUUUUCUUUUUUUCUUUUCUUUUUUAUGAGUUUAAGAACACCAGUUAUUUUGUUACGACAGUUUUUUAAGUGUUCCCGGACUCAUUUAUGCAGGAGCACUCAAACUACGAGUGGUGAUUUGAUUGUUAAUUACACAAUUUAAAAAUGUUUGUAUUGUACCACAGAAAAUCUUUGGCAUUAACUGAACCACAGUCUUUCAGACAGGAAGCAGGCGUUCACCUUUCUGGAAGAAGAGAAAAUACAAAAUGGACGCCCCGUUGUUUUGCAAAGUAAUGCUGAGAGAGCGAGGUUCAAUCCAGUAACGGAGUCAUUGAAUUGCAAUCACUGGACACACCUGUAUUUGUAAUAACUGUAAAUACCACAUCUAAUAAAUCAUUAAUUGUUUAUUGUAAA